AUGUCAAUUAAACAAAGCUCACCACAUCCACAUGUUGCAGCCUUUGCAUUCCCAUAUGGUAGCCAUCCCAGGACAUUCCUGAGUCUUGCCCUCCAACUGGCAAACGCAGCCCCUCAAGUGCAUUUUUCAUUCUUCAACACUGCAAAAUCCAAUGAGACUCUAUUUUCAUCUUCCAAAUCCUCCCAACUCCCAAAUAACUUUAGAGCCUAUAGUGUCAAUGAUGGCGUCCCUGCUGGUCAUGUACUGUCAGGACACCCACUGGAGGCGGUGGAGUUCUUUUUGAAGGCCGGGCCGGAGAGUUUCAAAAAGGGCAUUGACAUUGCAGUGGCAGAGACUGGUACUAACAUCACUUGCAUUCUCAUGGAUGGGUUUGUAGUGUUUGCAGGGGAGAUUGCAGAGGAUUUGGGGAUUCCUUGGAUUCCUCUUUGGGUCCCUAUAUCUUUCAGUCUCUCUGCUCACUUUUACACGGACUUAAUUCGUAAACUGUAUACCAACGAUGGUGUUGUGACUGAAUCCCAAAAUCUCGGUCAAAUUCGAGGAUUGUCAUUUUUCAAAACAGGGGAUUUACCAGGAGAAAUUAUUUCUCCUGACCUUGAUAAAUCUAUUUUUGCUAAAACACUCAGUGAAUUGGAUCAGAUGCUUCCAAGAGCUACUGCAAUCGUCAUCAAUUUCUUUGAAGAAUUAAACCCGGAAGCCCUCAACGAAGAUCACAGAUCAAAAUUCAAGAAAGUUUUCAAUGUGGGUUUCCUCACUAUUCCACUGCCACUGUCGGAGUCCGAUUCAACGGGAUGCUUAUCAUGGUUAAACAGGGGAAAAUCCAAAUCAGUAGUGUAUGUUAGCUUCGGGACUGUGGUGGCAGCACCACAAACCGAGCUGGUAGCAAUGGCGGAGGCGCUUGAAGAAAGUGGGGUUCCAUUUCUCUGGUCUCUUAGGGACAAUUUGAAAGAGGCUUUACCAACUGGGUUUGUUGGGAGAACAAGCAAUUUCGGAAAAAUAGUGCCAUGGACGCCUCAAGCACAGGUUCUGGCACAUGAAUCAGUAGGAGUAUUUGUGACACAUGCUGGUUGCAACUCUGUUCUUGAAAGCAUUGCCUGUGGGGUGCCAAUGAUUUGCAGGCCAUUUUUUGGAGAUCAACCAAUGACUGGAAGAAUGGUUCAGGAUCUUUGGGGGAUUGGUGUAACUGUUGAAGGUGGUGUCAUUACAAAAAAUGGGUUGAUGAAGAAUUUGAAAUUGGUUCUUAACGAUGAACAAGGAAAGAAAAUGAGAGAGAAAGUUGAGGUACUGAAACAGAGAGUCACUGAUGCCGGGGGACCUAAUGGAUCUGCUGCUAGGGAUUUUCAGAAUCUGUUAGAAUUAGUUUCUACAUGA